AUGCCAGUGCCUGAGAUCUCAGUCCGAUCUUCAGAUCCCGAGACGUUUGCGCAUCUCUUCCCGUCAAUGGACCGCCUGACCAUUCGACAUGACGAUCGAACUGCCGAUGGUAAUAUGAACCUCCGCGUUGACGCCAUUGUGCCGGAUAACUCGACACGUCGUCGCCGUGCCGUUGCCAUUCAGCUCUUCCACCUGCGCAUGCAUGAUCUUGCCAAGCGAGAAUUCUCUCUGCGACGAUAUUGCCGCGACUCUGGCCGCGAGGUUUGCAACUCCAAGGGCGCCAACCCCCACCAUGAGCGCGCAACAACCUCUUCCUCAUCUUCCCUCUCACGCUCAGUCACCAGUGCUCUGCGCUCGGUCAAGACCUCAUUCCGCCGAUCUAGCGGCGCCUCUGCCGAAAAGGCUGCUGCCAUGGCUGCUACUCCUAAUCCCCGUCGUCCAUCGAUCGGCAGCAACACUUCUUGGGGCUGUGGUGGCUCCAUCUACUCUGAGGAUGUGGCCGGCUCCGACUCGGACGAGCCCAAGCUCCCUUCAGCACGACCCAUCCCACUCAACACUCUCAAGCUUGAGUUCAGCAACUACGCUCGUGUGGACAUUGUGCGCCGCCCAGGCAAGCAAUACGACUUUCAGUGGUGGGGACGCACCUAUGCCUGGCGCCGUGUUGUGGACAAGGCUAUUGGCAAGGCUGCCUUCCAUCUGAUUCGCGACAAGGAGACAGAGCCGGUUGCGAUUAUUACGCCUGAAGGCCGGUCCCCAAACCAGGUCGAAGCCGACCAGGCUGCGGGCAACUGGAUUCCCCCGUGUUACAUGUGGAUUAACGACAACUCUAUCAUUGAAGCCUUAACCGACGUUGCCGAUGUCAUCAUCGCCACCGGUCUCAUGGCUGUUGUCGACGACUCCAUCCUCAGCCGCUGGCCUCCCGCCAAAAAGGCCGGCACUUACACCCGACCCGUCACGCCAGCCCGGCCCCAGACGGCCCCUGGAGCGGCUACCACCGCCACCACCGCUACCGGCAACGCCAUUGUGAGCAAGAAUAACACACUUUCGGUCCCGCAGCCACGAACAAAGGCUAUUGUUCAUGGGCUAUUGAACAAGGCUCAUGCGCUUGGCCCAUUGCGACUUAGGGGACACACUGUCCUUGCUUAUUAA